UCUUGGCUAAACAUUUUAAUUUUCGACCGGCCUUGCAAUGUUUGGCCAUAUAUGAUCGUCUUUGUUUCCAAUGUGACAAAAUUAACACGCCUAAAACAUCCUUUUCUGUCACCCUUUACCUUAAAAACAUCAUAUAUAAUAUAGUUAUAAUUGUAGUCUUAUCUACAGCCAGAACAUAAUCCUACAAUCCUAUAUUAUAACUCAUAGCUAUAGCCUAAUCAAAUGUACAUGUCCUUAAACUUAGAAUUCUAAUGGAUGAGAAGCCAAUGCUUGCUCUUGAAACUUUGUACCUAGGAAUCCCAGAUGAAUCUGUUAACCUCACUUUUCAAGACCUUGCUGAUGUGAACACAUCAGAAAAUAGAAAACAAGCAACCACUAAUCAACCUGUUUCCGAAGUUUCUAAUAAUGUUCCAAUAAGGACAAAUUUGUCACCUUCAUCCUCUCUAGCUAAAAUACCUAGUCUUGAUUUUAGCAAAGGCUUGCAAGCUUCCAAUCAACACAACCAUCAUCAUCAUGACAUUGGCCAAGGCAACUCGCCGUGGGGUCAAUUUGGCCACCGAAUCGAGGAGAAUCGUGAGCAUGUGCAUGUACAUGUACAUGUUCAUGACCCUCCUCAAUUUAGCCAUGCAAAUGGGAGUACAAAAAGUCCUCGGUCAAGGACCGGUGGAGAUGAUCAUUCAGCGUAUAGUUUGAGCUAUGAUGAUGUGAGUACGGCAUCUGGAAGAGGUGGUGGUGGUGGUAGUGGUGGACGACGGAGACCUGGGAUUCCUCACUCUAAGAUUUGUACCAUUUGUAGUACCUAUGUUUAUAUCUUCCGCACUAGAUGUUUGGUAUGCGGCAGAGUUUAUUGUAGCAGAUGUGUGAAAAUAGGAAUGGGAGAAAUGGUAGAAGGAAGAAAGUGUAUAGAAUGCCUUGGAUUGAAAUUCAGCCAAAGGUACAUAGAAAGAGCAGGAAAGAUAGGAUGUUGCAAUUGGAGGUACUCAGCUACAAUGAAGCAAGCUGAACUUAUGUGUGCAGAGAAAGGACCAAGGAGAAGUAGAAGAUCAUAUGGUCAAAGUGGAGUGGCAAAUUCAACAUCAAGAAGCCCUAUAACACCAAGAAGCCCUCAUGCUAUUGGUAGUAACAAUGAACACUCUUUUGUCAUGUCCAACACAUUUUCUCCUUUCUCUCCUCAUCACAAUAACCUCCCUUUUUAAACAAUAGUAGUAGUAAUUUAUUUAUAUAUCCUAUAGAGUUUCUCAUGUGACAUGAGAUAGUCUUUCAUAAUAAUAAUAAUUUGUGCUUCACUUUAUUGGAUGUUGCUUAAUUCAAUUUGUUCUUAGCUUAUUACUUGAAAGAUUAUUGAUUAAUAUG